AGAUUAAAUAAAUGUAAUUUUGACAUUUAAACAAAACCGCGUCUCCAACUCCAAAAAGCCAAACCAAAGUGGCCUUUCCAUCUUCCAGCUGUCCGAAUCAAAACGCGGCCUUUGUCUUUGCGAGUCUUCACCAAACCCAUCAUCUUCCGAGCCGAACCUUUCUCUCUCACCAUCUCUGCUUUUCACUAUAAAUACAACCAAAUCCAUAUCUCACCACAAACACAACAAAACCUACACUCAGAACCAAAAUGAAAGCAAUGGCAACGAUCAAUUACUCCACCACCAUCUUGGUUCCUCUGCUUGCUGCUGUAAUGAUUUACUCUGUUUCCGCCAAGUUUCAACGAGACGUAGAGAUUACUUGGGGAGACGGACGUGGACAGAUCACAAACAACGGCGAACUUCUCACUCUCUCUCUCGACAAGUCUUCCGGCUCAGGAUUCCAAUCCAAGAACGAGUAUCUGUUCGGUAAAAUCGACAUGCAGAUCAAGCUCGUCGCUGGAAACUCAGCCGGAACAGUCACCGCUUAUUAUUUGAAAUCACCUGGAUCUACAUGGGACGAGAUUGAUUUCGAGUUCUUGGGAAAUCUAAGUGGCGAUCCUUACACACUUCAUACCAAUGUCUUUACGCAAGGCAAAGGCAACAAAGAACAACAAUUCAAACUCUGGUUCGAUCCCACUAGUGAUUUCCACACUUACUCUAUCCUCUGGAACCCACAACGCAUUAUAUUCUCCGUGGAUGGAACUCCAAUAAGGGAAUUCAAGAACAUGGAAUCUCAAGGGACUCUGUUCCCUAAGAAUCAGCCGAUGAGAAUGUACUCGACUCUAUGGAACGCCGAAGACUGGGCCACAAGGGGUGGUCUGGUCAAAACCGACUGGUCUAAAGCUCCCUUCAACGCUUCGUACCGUGGCUUCAACGAGGAAGCUUGCGUCGUGUCAAACGGCAGGUCAUCGUGCCCCGACGUGUCAGGACAAGGGAGUAGUACUGGUUCGUGGUUGUCGCAGGAGCUAGACUCGACGGGUCAAGAACGGAUGAGAUGGGUGCAAAGUAACUACAUGAUCUACAAUUACUGCACGGACACUAAGAGGUUCCCUCAAGGUCUUCCACAGGAGUGUCUAGCUGCCUUCUACGAGAGCUUUGAUAUCACUUGGGGAGAUGGCCGUGCCAACAUAUACGAGAACGGAGAGCUUCUCACUUGCACUCUUGACAAGAUCUCCGGCUCGGGUUUUCAAUCCAAGAAGGAGUAUUUGUUCGGUAAGAUCGACAUGAAACUCAAGCUUGUCAAAGGAAACUCCGCUGGCACCGUCACCGCCUACUACCUUUCGUCCAAAGGCAAGACAUGGGAUGAGAUUGACUUCGAGUUCUUAGGAAAUGUCACAGGACAGCCUUACACUAUCCACACCAAUGUGUUCACCGGAGGUAAAGGCGACCGUGAGAUGCAGUUCCAUCUCUGGUUCGAUCCCACCGCCGAUUUCCACACCUACACCGUCCAUUGGAACUAUGAUAACAUCAUCUUCCUUGUGGACGGGAUCCCAAUUCGGGUGUUCAAGAACAACGAGAAAAGUGGGGUGGCUUACCCAACGUACCAACCGAUGAAGAUAUACUCAAGUCUUUGGGAGGCCGAUGACUGGGCAACACAAGGCGGUCGCGUGAAGAUCGACUGGAGCAACGCACCAUUCAGCGCCUACUACAGGAGCUUCAACGACCAAAGCUCAUGCAGCAGGACAUCGAACUCGACAUGGGUGACUUGUGACGCAAACAGCAACUCGUGGAAGAAAACCACUCUCAGUGACCACCAGUAUGGACAGAUGGCAUGGGUGCAAAAAGAGUUUAUGAUCUACAACUAUUGUACCGAUUAUAAGAGGUUCCCUCAGGGUCUCCCCACGGAGUGCAAGCUUUAACCUCGGUUGAUCUUACUAUGAGAAUUCUCGAGCAUUUUCCUCAACAGCUUCUUAUUUUAUCUCGUUGUUGACUUGUUGUGAUCUUAAUUUGAUUUUUGGUUUUACUUCUUUCUUUUGGUGAGAAAAUAAAAGGAGUUGCACAUUCUAUCUCGCAAUGUGUUGUGAGUGUUUAUUUUGCUUGCAAUGUACGCAACAUCAAUGUGCUUAGAAAAAUAGCAAACACAUGGAAAGAAAAACACAAAACAAUAAAGUCUCCUGUUAUGUUUUAUACUAAUAAAAUACACAUGGAAAGAAAAACACAAAAG